CGCGUCAUCCCUUCCAUUCAUGUUUGUACGUGAUGAGACGAGCAUUAAAAGUGAUCUGCUGGAGCUAUGCAUGAGCAGACUUUAGUUGUUCUUCUUGAACAUGAUUGAAAAUACUGACUCAGGUGGUUGGCGCGUGGAUCAAGAUGGGCUCCAGGCUCGAGGCGAAUUCCAACCGGGUUCGCAAGAGGAUCGAGAACCAUGAGUUCGAAAAUGAGGAAGGCGAGGAAUAUCAAGGGUCUGAAUUUGGAGGGUUCGCCGACUACUUUCGACGAAAGAAGAUCAAGCUACAGAACCUAGACGUGGAGCUCCGCGCAUCUUCGCCGGAGAAACCGCCCAUUUUCCGCGGCAUUGUCGCACACGUCAAUGGAUAUACGCAGCCGUCACUGAAUGACAUUCAUGUGCUUAUCGUAACCCAUGGAGGAGGAUUUUCACAAUAUCUUGACGGCAAGACCACUGUCACGCAUAUCAUCGCGAGCAGCCUGACCCCGAAGAAAGCUGUUGAGUUUAGAAGAUACCGGAUCGUAAAGCCUGCUUGGGUAGUGGAUAGUGUAAAUGCAGGAAGGCUAUUACCAUGGGAGAACUACAGGGUCUUAGAUGAAGGCCCAAGACAAAAAACCCUUGGUUUCGACAAUGGAAAGGUGGUCAGCCAAACAAAGUCUCAGCGGGAAGGCUACCGUGAUCAGACCGAUGCCAGCUGGUACACAAAGCAACUGAUACGUCCGAUCGAUGACGAGAUCGACGAGUAUAAUCAACCGCUUCCAAAUACACAAUCCUUGCGAACGGCAAGUCAGAGUGGCACACUCGACCUCGUUUCUUCGAGCCAGGCGCAGAGAAUCAAGGAGAGUAGCAAAUCUGUUCCUUCCUUCGAAACGAGCUCUUCUCGCCUAGUUCGUGAAGUUUCAUUACCAUCUGCAAAUACGCCCAGAUUUACUCAGGAGAGGCACCAUUCUCAUCCACCUACGGCAGACCCCGAUCCAAUCCAAGACGACUUUGAGCUUCUAGCUGACGCCGCUGCGAUAAGCUUUGGAGAUGAAAGUCAAAAGGAUAAACAAUUACCUUCAGUUGAGCCUCUAGAUUUUGAAGAAGACAAUCUCGCUUCUCCAGAAGAGUCACCCUCUGGUAUUGGCACGGAUCGUGCGCGGGAUCAAGCGUCUCCUUCAUCAGUGAAGCGACCUGCAAAGACAGCAGAAGAACAUAAUGCUCUGCUGUUAGCGGAUCCGCGGGUUCGCAAAUCUACCGUGGUCAACCCGGAUUUCCUUAAACAGUACUAUUCGGAAUCCCGUCUACAUCAUCUUUCAAGCUGGAAGGCCGAUCUCAAAUCGCAAUUGCAGGCCCUGACCGCCGAAACUUCCGCGACACAAAGGGCUCUCCAGAAACAUAAUCCUCGCGCCAGGCGAUAUAUCUUACAUGUUGAUUUUGACAGCUUUUUCGUGGCCGUGUCAAUGAAAAAUUCUCCGCAAUAUAUGGAGAAACCGGCAGUUGUUGCUCAUGGCGGUGGUCCAGGCUCAGAAAUUGCAAGCUGCAAUUAUCCAGCUCGAAAGUUUGGCAUAAAAAACGGAAUGUGGAUGAAACAGGCACAAAAUCUGUGUCCUGAACUGAAGGUAUUACCAUAUGAUUUUAAAGGUUAUGAGGAAGCAAGUAGAAAUUUCUACGAUGCUAUUCUAGCUACUGGAGGCAUUGUGCAGAGUGUCAGUGUGGACGAGGCCCUUGUUGAUGUCAGCUCACUCUGCAUAGCCGCUGGAGGAAGCGAGGGCACUGGCGUCCGAGAAGGCAGCAUUUGGCGUGAGCAGGCGAAAGCGGAUGAGAUUGCCCAAGGCAUUCGCGACAGGGUUAAAGAUCUCACCAGCUGUGCUGUAUCCGUAGGUAUUGGAGGAAACAUUCUCCUUGCGAAGCUUGCUCUCCGUAAGGCGAAGCCUGCUGGCCAGUACCAAGUCAAGCCGGAAGACGUGCUCGACUUCAUUGGACCUCUGGAAGUCCAAGAUUUGCCUGGUGUCUCUUACAGUAUUGGGGGUAAACUUGAGGAAAUAGGCGUCAAGUUUGUCAAGGACAUUCGCGAAGUGUCCAAGGAGCGACUGAUAUCGGCCUUGGGACCCAAAACUGGCGAGAAGAUCUGGGAAUACGCUCGUGGGAUCGACCGAAUCGAAGUCGGCGAUCAAGUUGUUCGCAAGUCUGUUUCUGCCGAAGUCAACUGGGGCGUGCGUUUUGAAACCCAAGCCCAAGCAGAAGAAUUUAUCCAUAAUCUGUCCGAGGAGCUUCAUCGACGGCUUGAAGUCCAGCGAGUUAAAGGCCGGCAACUGACUAUGAAAGUUAUGCGACGAGCAGCAGAUGCUCCCUUGGAUCCGCCCAAGCACUUGGGCCACGGCAAAUGCGAUACCUUUAAUAAGAGCAUCCUCUUGGGUGUGGCCACGAACGCCAUAGACAUUCUCUCUAAGGAAUCCAUUUCCAUACUCAGAGGGUUCAAUGUUUCUCCUGGCGAGCUCCGCGGUAUAGGCCUGCAGAUGACCCGGCUAGAGCCUUUGAAAGUUACGGGAGAAGGACAACCAAGUAGCAGCCAAAAGCUACUAUCUUUCAAACGCCCAGUACAGCCAAACUCUAGUGCCGCACAACCGGCAGAGCAAGCAGACGAUCCCAUCUCAGAUUACGGCGAAAGUCCUCAUAAAGCGCAGAAAUUCCGUUCCCCAGGAUCAAUCAUCGGACCAAAAUCAGGUGCGCCGCAGGACGAAUCGGCGAAACCACUUAACAUGCUAGGAACGCAAUUCAUCCUCCCAAGCCAAGUCGAUCCUCGCGUCCUUGCAGAAUUGCCAGCAGACAUUCGAUCCAAGCUCUUUCCAACAAAUCUCUCUAUGGACAAAACCACCGACGAAGCCCCCCCAGCCCCUUCGUCUCCCAGAUCCAAACAUACACCCCAGCCUACAUCUCGCGCAACUACUCCUGUCACAGGCAACAUACGGCCUUCUUCUUCGCGAUCCGCAUCCCCUGCCGUUCCUCCCCUUCCUAAUCCCUUCCAACUCGACCCAGAAGCUCUCGACGCCUUACCAGAGGAUGUCCGAGCCGAAGUCUUGGACUUUUAUACAACCACCCAUCCGCAAACCACAUUAUCUCCGUCCCGCCGUCACGAUGGAAUCACACAAUCCCUUCUCCCACAAUCGCCCCGUAAAUCCCGCCCAUUUGCGCCCCUCACUUCCAAAAAGCAAACCACACCCACCAAGAAACGAACCACCUCCAAACUCACCUCUAAUCUGUCUGCUGCUGCUUCCUUUAACCCAACACUCACUCAAUCGAACUUUGUCGCUACCACUCGCCAAUCCGCCACCACUACCGCGGACAACCCCGCCGCCACAGCGACAGAUUCCGAACCCAUUGCUCCAGACUUUCUCGCCGCCUUACCGCCCGAUAUCCGCGCCGAACUCCUCGCCGAGCAGCGCCGCAAACACCUCUUGGCGCGAUCACACCUCCAACUUCCCAACCCCUUUGGCACCCGCACACGCGGCUCCAGAGGAAAACGGGGCUCGAGCCUUGCUGCUGCUGCUAGUGGUGGUUUCUUGUCCAGGGCCGGUCUCGGUGCCGGUGGUACGGUUACCACACGAAGGCAGCAGCAACAGCAACAGCAACAGAACCAACCCCGACAACUCCAUCUCCCUCCCCGUCCGCCAAAACCUACGUUUACCACCCGCCGCCUAACUGCCCUGCCGGACCUGCGUGAUGCAGUUUCAGCAUGGUAUGCAGAGUUUGCGGACGAGCCGCCGUACGAGGAAGAUGUCGCUGCGCUAGUCAAGUACUUGAAACGAGUAGUGACUGAAGAACGGGAUAUGCAUAAGGCUGUUGCGGUGGCGGAUUGGUUGGCUUGGAUCCUGCAUGAUGCCAAAGGGGACUGUGUCGUUGUUGAUGAUGGUGCUGGACAAGGAGGAGGAGGACGAAGUGAAAGGCGAGGAGGAGAUGAUGACCGCGGAGAAGAUACAAAAGGGGCUGAAAAAGUUUCACCUUUUCAGGCAUGGCGGCGUGCGCUGCAGUCGGUACGUGCGGGUGUGCAAGAGGCUGUUGUGUCGAGAGGACUAGGAAAAGUCUCGUUUCGAUUUGGAUGAUGAUGGAGGUGACCUCAUUGGGUUAAUUGUUUUCUUUUUCUAUUGGUUUCGAGGAAUGGUGUUAGUGUUUGGAUAUGCGAGAAGGAUUACACACAAAAUACCCCUGUAUGAACUUGUUGUGAUUUAGUUAGUCGAUGAUUUUCUAAGUGCGAAUUAGCAUAUUCAGGUCAAUACUGCAGGAUGCUCAGGAUUACUG